AUGGAAGGCCUUCUUGGGAAAGCCUACAAACUCUUUGUUGAUAACUGCUACACAAGUGAAGAACUGUUUUCCUACCUUUAUGAGAAUAACACUUCAGCCUGUGGAACUGCUGGGAAGAAUAGGCUAAAGUUACCAGCUUCCCUCAAGACUCCUCGACUAGCAAAAGGAGAGCAUGCUUUCAGAAGGAAAGACGACAUGCUGGCUGUGCGAUUGAAUGACAAGAAAGAGAUUUAUUUCUUGUCCACAGUGCGUGAAGCCAAUGUAGUAGACACUGGGAAGAGAGACAGGCAUGGGAACAAUGUGCGAAAAUUGCAGUUGGUCGAUGACCAUAAUAAAUACAUGGGAGGCGUAGACCGCAAUGACGAGUUGAUUGGCACCUACUGCAGUGUGAGAAAGAGCAUGAAGUGGACAAAGAAGAUAGUAUUUCAUUUCAUAGAGGAAGGGUUCUAA